AUGAGCGAAGAGGCAGAGCUUCGCGCCAGAAUCGCCGCACUCUCUGGUAAGGAAAGUCGCAUCUCAUUCAAACAUGGCCCUAACCUUGCCGCAGGCCGCAUCAACCAGCAACGACAAGCUGAAAGCGCACCUCCCACGCCGACCUACGCUCCACCAGCUGGACGUGGCUCGAGCCACUAUCCAAGAGGUCGUGGCGCUGGAUGGACUGGUCAACACGCGCCUGAUCGCUAUGCGCCUUACCAUCACCCUCGCGGCUUUUCGCACAAACCCGCCUAUGCUCCCUCGUACCGCAACCGCUCCCUCGUCGUUAACAGCUCCGUCGGAUCUCAUGCUGGUCAGCAAGCCUCUCCUGCAACGCCUGCCCUCAUCCCUUCCGACGGCUUUGUCCUCAAGCGCGACCGUCACAUGCAGCUGAUCAACACCUCUGUCUAUGACCAAAAGACACAACAGCGCCAAUCGGAAAUUGAAGCUACAUUGCAAGAAAAACAGCGCCUGCGAAACGCAAAAGAGAAGGCUAGGGUUAUCAACGCCUUCCAGCCUCAGCAGGCUGCCUCGACUACCUAUGGCGCUCCUUCAACUGCAGGGCCCGCUGCCGUGCGCGACAUCCAAAUCAAUAACCUCAGAUUCCGCGUAGCUGCUGAUGGAAGCAAACUAAUCCGAAUGUUCGGUGAGUCGACCCACAUCGACACCCUCGCGCACCAUCUCACCUGUAUAGAUGACUCGAACACGGAUCCCGGAGCGACACCCAAGAUCACCAAAGUAGCUGGCGUCACAUUCCACAGGAGUAAGCACGGUAACCUUUACCGUGCUGGUCGCGUGAAGAAAUCGAUGAGGGAAAACAACACCAAGAAGAGCUCGGAAUUGUGUCCAAUAUUCACUGCUACGGGUAUGUGCGCCCACGGAAACCGCUGCCGCUACACGCACGAUCCGAACAAGAUCGCCGUCUGCAAGGAGUUCCUUCGAACUGGCCGUUGCGCUGCUGGUGAUGCUUGCAACCUUUCCCAUGAAACCACCCCUUACCGUGUCCCUGCUUGCACUCACUUCCUUCGUGGCAACUGCACCAACCCAGACUGCCGCUAUGCCCACGUUGCUGUCAACCCCGCUGCGGCUGCCUGUCGAGCCUUCGGCACCAUUGGCUAUUGCGAGAAAGGCGCUGAGUGCACUGAGCGUCACGUGUUUGAAUGUCCGGAUUACGCUAACACAGGUAUAUGCCGUAACAAAAAGUGCCGCCUUCCACACGUCGACACUGCUGGCAACAUGCGUAAGGCCAAGUCAGCAGAAAACAGAAUGGACGAGGCAGAGACGUCGGAUUUGUCCAGCGACGAAGAGAGCUACGACGGAAUUGACUAUGACGAUGUAGACUCGGACAACUUCAGUGACAACGAGGUCUUGGGUGGCACUAGUGAGGGCGACCAUGAGCUCUCCCAGCAGCAAGAUUAUGUUAGGUUCUCUUGA